AUGAUGUACCCCACGGCAGUCCUUCUCUGCCUUGGCUUGUGUCUGUACCAGGAGAUCGAGGCACAAAAGGGACCCCUUCACAAACCUACAAUCUGGGCUAAACCAAGCUCCGUAGUUGCACCAGGCACCAAUGUCACUCUCCAUUGCUGGAUGGCCCAAUCACCUCUCCAGGAGGUGACUUUCACCCUGCUGAAGGCAGGGAUGCCUGGAUAUUAUUACAAGAAACAGGAAAAAAGAGAGGCUAAGUUUCUCCUGCCAUCUGUGAGCCUUCAAAAUGCUGGGAGCUACAGCUGUGUUUACUCUGAGAUCAGAGCCCCGAGGAGGACGUCAGAGGCCAGUGACACCCUGAAUUUGGUGGUGACAGGUUCUCUCCCCAGGCCCUCCCUCUUGGCCCACCGUAGCUCCAAGGUGGCCCUAGGGGGAAAUUUGACCCUGAGGUGCAUCUUCCCAUUGCCCAGAACAUCCCCUGAAAGCAUGAUGUUUAUUUUGCUGAAGAUAGGGAAUCCAGAACCUGUCCAGACCUCCAAUCCAGCAAAGAACUUGGCUGAAUUUCCUCUCCACUCUGUGAGAGUCCAGGAUGCAGGUUCCUAUAGAUGCAUUUACUAUGAGAGGACUGCUAAAUGUAGGGGCUCAGAACCCAGUGAGCCCCUGACCAUCUGUCUGACAGACUAUGUGCACAAACCCUCCCUGACAGUCCAACCCAGCUCCCAUGUUUCCCUGGGAGGGAGCGUGAGACUCCAUUGCCAGGGGUUAGCCUGUGCCACCAGAUUCACUUUGCACAAAGAGGGAGAGGAGAUGCCUGUUGGGACAGCCAAUUCUACCCAGGGCAAUGUGGAAUUCCUCAUCCUUAAUGUGACCAACAGCCACGCUGGGAGCUACAGGUGUCAGUAUCACACUGGGAAGACCAACUCCACCUCAUCAGAGUUCAGUGAUGCCUUGGAGCUUUUGGUGACUGGUGAAAGGGAUUUAUCUUUUCAGGGAAAAGGUUCAAGUCUUGGAAUUAUUCUCAUCAUAACUCUCAAUUGUGCCAUCAUCCUUCUCUUCUUGUCCUUGUUAAGCUACCAUCACUGUCAUCUAGUACCUGCUCAUGAAGAGACCUCAAGAAGGGACCAGAGAUGCUACCCUCAACAUUGGUGUCCCCAUUCCAUUCACCCCAGAAUACCCAAAGAAAUAACGUAUGAAGAAGUGAGCAUGAUGGGACAGAUUAAAUCAAUUGCUGAGAAUCCCCACGGAAUGAUAUACCUCCAGCCAAAAAUAUCACCUUUAACUGAGAGUCCGAGAACCACCAUUGGGGAAGUUCCAGAGACCUGCAUUUAUGCCAGUAUAGGAAAGCCCUAACAAGGAUGCAGAG